GGUGUUGAAGUGAAGGACCUAACAAUAAUCAAAAUGUCAAAAAGUAGCAAGAGAAAGCACGUCGUGCAUUGGUUUCGUAAGGGACUUCGCUUACAUGAUAAUCCAGCGCUUCGCGAGGCGCUGAAAGGGGCAUCAACAUAUCGAUGUGUUUACAUACUGGACCCAUGGUUUGCAGGUUCCUCACAAGUUGGAAUUAACAAAUGGAGGUUUUUGCUGCAAUGUUUAGAAGAUCUAGACACGUCUCUUCGUAAAUUGAAUUCCAGGUUAUUUGUUUUAAGAGGACAGCCAACUGACUUGUUUCCUAAAAUAUUUAAGGAAUGGAAUAUUACGACACUUUCCUUCGAGGAAGACCCAGAGCCAUUUGGGAAGGAACGAGACAGUGCCAUACAGAUGUUGGCUAAAGAUGCGGGAGUAGAUGUCGUCAUUAGGACCUCACAUACUCUCUACGACCUUCAAAAAAUAAUCGCAGUGAACGGGGAUACCCCACCACUAACAUACAAACGUUUCCAGUCAGUGCUGUCAAAAAUGGACCCUCCCAAGGAACCGGAGGAAACAAUCAACACUGCUAUCCUAGAGAAGACAAAAACUCCAUUGUCCGAGGACCAUGAUGACAAAUAUGGGGUUCCCACUUUAGAAGAAUUAGGGUUUGAUACAGAGGGGUUAGGCCCUGCCGUGUUUUGUGGUGGGGAGGCUGAGGCCCUAACAAGGCUUGAGAGACACCUUGAACGAAAGGCCUGGGUAGCAAGCUUCGAGCGACCAAAGAUGUCCCAGCAGUCCCUGUUUCCUAGUCAGAAUGUCCUUAGUCCCUACCUUAGAUUUGGUUGUCUGUCAGCUCGCCUGUUUUACUGGAAACUUAGAGAAUUAUACAGAAAGGUGAAGAAAAGGAAGGACCCUCCGCUGUCUCUUCACGGCCAGUUGUUAUGGAGAGAGUUCUUUUACACAGUGGCUACAAAUAAUCCCAACUUUGACCAAAUGAAAGAUAAUCCAUUAUGUGUACAAAUUCCCUGGGAUAAAAAUCCAGGAGCAUUAGCUAAAUGGGCAGAGGGCAAGACAGGGUUUCCUUGGAUUGAUGCUAUAAUGAUGCAGCUAAAACAGACGGGGUGGAUCCAUAAUUUAGCCCGGCAUUCAGUGGCAUGUUUUUUAACCCGUGGGGACCUCUGGAUCUCGUGGGAGGAAGGAAUGAAGGUGUUCGAGGAACUUUUACUAGAUGCUGACUGGAGUGUGAAUGCUGGUAUGUGGAUGUGGCUCUCCUGCAGCUCAUUUUUCCAACAAUUUUUUCACUGUUACUGCCCUGUGGGCUUUGGUAAAAGAGCAGAUCCUACAGGGGAUUUUAUCAGGACAUACUUGCCUGUUCUAAAAGGCUUUCCUGCCAAAUACAUAUAUGAGCCAUGGACAGCCCCAGAAAGUGUUCAGCGGGCUGCAAAAUGUAUUAUUGGUAAAGAUUACCCUGUCCCCAUGGUGAACCACGCAGAAGUCAGCAAACUCAAUAUUGGACGAAUGAAACAGGUCUACCAGCAGUUGGCUAUGUAUGCCUCAAUAGCUUCUGUCCCAAAACAAAUCAACACUGAGGAACCAUAUAACAAGCACACAAAAGCAAUGCAGUCUGGGAACCAUCCCUCAAGAGUAACCAUGAUGGAUAAUACUGAGCAUGGUAGCCAUGGAAACCAUUCUCAGAUGACGGGGGAAGAGAGUGAUACACAAAAGCAGUAUUUGGCGACAUAGGUGUUGGAAUCAAAGCUACCAUUUUGAAGAACUUACCAAUCCAUGAUGUCGCUGAAAUUUUUCUGGCAGUUGUCAGAAGCUGAACCAAAGAAGAGUGAAUUCAGGCAGUUAAUUUCAUAAAUUUAAAGAACUCUUGUGACCCAGUAAAAAUAUUCUGAAAGGGCAUAAUUACAAGUGUGUGUGAAUGCUCAUUGAAUGCAUACAAGACAAAUUUUUCAGUAUGUGUGCAAUGCUGAGUUCUGUGUAAUGCUGUUAUUCACAACUGAAAACUGAAACAGGGGUCUAUUUCUCGAGAAAAGUGUGUACGAACAAUUACCACUGAAUAACAGAGACAUGAACUUAAAACAAAAAGGAGGAAUUAACAGGGAAAGUCUGAUAUCAGAUUUUGAUAAUUUGCAGGAGAUAUUUGAUUUGGUCUGUUAAAUUUGUUGCCAUGCCAUGCAGAUCCGAGAUAAAUGUCACUCUAAAUGAAAUCGUGCACUCAAGACUAAGAAGUUUGUUUAUGAAGGAUAUUUUACUGAAAGGAUGAAGUAUGUGUGAGUGUAUAUACUUUUGUUAUCAUAAAUCAGUCAUUCACAACUUAUCCAUUGUCCAGUCAAUUAAUGACAACAGUUUUCUCAGUGCAUUUAUACAAAGAAGAUUUUUCAAAUUUCUAGCUGAUAUUAAAC